CUGAGAGCCCGCAGAUGUCAUCAUACGAUGCUAGCUGUUAGCUUCCUUUACACAAACCCCAUCACGCGGUUCUGAGAGUAAUUCAACUCAUCUCUUGCAGUUUUUUCACCUGAGUGUUUUCUCUUCAGAGGACGUGUCUGGUUCCUCUCUGAAGUGUCUGUGAAGCGGGGUGUGCUGCUCCGUGCUAACCGUUAGCCAAGUGCUAACAACCGGGACAGCAACUAAGUUACAUGCGUGUUCUUCCACAGCUGUCAUUCCCAGUGGCAGCUGAUCCGCGGGGGCCGAGGAGACUCUGACAGAACUCGUAGCCAUCCAUCCCGGUCAGACAUCAUGGAGCUCCAGGCGGUGUUGAUGGCAGCUGGAGGGGGCUCUCGUAUGACUGAUCUGACAUACAACACCCCCAAGCCCAUGCUGCCCGUUGGCAACAGACCCCUCAUGUGGUACCCGCUCAACCUGCUGGAGAGGGUGGGCUUUGAAGAGGUGAUAGUGAUCACCACCAAAGAGGUCCAGAAGAUGAUGAGCACAGACCAAAAAAUGAAGGACGUGAAGAUGAAGCUGGAUGUUGUUUGUAUCCAGGAAGAUGGAGACAUGGGGACUGCAGACGCACUCAGACACAUCUCGCAGAAAAUUAAGGCGGACAUCCUGGUGGUGAGCUGUGACCUGAUAACAGAUGUGGCGCUUCACGAGGUUGUGGAUCUGUUCCGAGCCCACAAUGCAACACUGGCCAUGCUGAUGAGCAAAGCACAUGAAUUCACAGAGACGGUCCCGGGCCAGAAGGGCAAGAAAAAGACAGCUGAGCAGAGAGAUUUUGUCGGUGUGGAUCAGUCUGGUAAAAGGCUUCUGUUCAUGGCCAACGAGGCGGAUCUGGAGGACGGGCUGUCGAUUAGGAAGUCCAUCAUGAGGAAACAUCCCAGGAUGCACAUCAAAACGGGCCUCGUGGACGCUCACCUCUACUGUCUGAAGAAAGCGGUGGUGGACUUCCUCACAGAAAACAAGUCCAUCUCAUCAAUCCGCGGCGAGCUGCUACCGUAUUUGGUGCGGAAGCAAUUUUCCAAAACGACCAACAGUCACAAAAUCAAAGAUGACUCAGAGGAUCAGAGCCAGAAGAUGAGUGACUCCUCUACGAACCAAGAGCUCCUGAUCUCAUCACGGGACGAGCCUCUCCUCCAGCUGGCCCAGGAGCGCUCCUGCUGGAACGACCAUCACGGUGACAUGAGCGAGGCGUACCACGGAGGAAAGCUGCGCUGCUACGUUCACAUCACGGACCAGAGCCUGUGCUACCGCGUCAACACUCUGGCUGCUUACAUAGAGGCAAACCGACUGGCCCCAAAACUGUUUGAGGAGUCGGCAGUUCAUCCGUCUGCUGUAAUUUCUGAGAAAUGCCAGAUGGGAUCGGACAGCAUCAUCGGAGCUCUGUGCCAGGUAGCAGAUAAGACCUCCAUAAAGAGAUCCAAUAUUGGCAACUCCACCACUAUAAAGGAGAAAGUCAAAGUCGCCAACUCCAUCAUCAUGCACGGGGUUACCAUCGAGGAAGGGUGUAAUAUCCAGGGCAGUGUGAUCUGCAGUAACGCCGUCAUUGGCCGAGGAGCAGACCUCAAGUACUGUCUGGUUGGAAAUGGACAGCAGAUCGAAUCAGAGGCUGAGAGGACUAACGAGGUCAUCGUCGGAACGGACCAGCUGAUGGAGAUCUAAACCCAGAGGAGAACUGAUUAACCGGCCGACUGACCAAUCAGAAGCCUGUUUACUGUUCUCCGCUCUCUUCCACCUCUAGGCCUUUUUGUACAAUGUGUUCAAAUAAAAUCAGGUCUGCUAAACCCCAUGAA